AUGGUUUCCUCCCUUCGCCUGGACGUGGACGCCCGUCGCCGGAAGGUAGAUGAAAUCCUGGCAACUAUCAGACACGACAUCACGGCCGUGGAGACCAACUUGGAGGAGUCCAAGGCUAAGAUCACCAGCGACACAGACCAAGCAGUGAAUGCCCUCAAUGGUCGCAUUGAUCGAGACUUCACCAAUAAAGACCUGGCAGCGACACAAGAGAGUCUCCAUACGACGCAAAAUUCGCUGAGUGACUGCUUCAACGAGGUGGCAGUUGUCCGAAGUGACUUGGAACGAAAUGUGGCGGCAGAGCUCCGAAGCGCGGAGGCCUCCCGCCGCCUGGGGGCCCUGGACCUCCGCAUGAGUGGAGUGCAAGGAGGUCUUGGGGAGCACAAGCGCGACAUCCUGAAGCUGCGUGAGGAAGUGAAUGGGCUGACCGUGAAGAGUGCGUCGCAUGAAGUGGAUAUCCAGAAGAACAGCGAUUCUGUUCGCAAGAUGGAGAAGCAGCGCAACAUGGAUGAGCAGAAUUGGAAAGCCCAGAUGGAUGCAGUGCAUGAUGUCUUGGACACGAAGGUGAACGAGAAGCCCUUCGAAGACCUAAAGCACUGCACCGCUGCGCUGACACGCGGUGUUGUCAAGUUUGCUCAGGUGGUUGGCGUCUUCCCUGGCCCCAAGUUCGAUGAUGCAGAGGGUGCUGAUCAGGGGGAAGCUGACGUUGAACUGCUGGGCUGGGAGGAGUGUGCGGAGAACAUGUCCUUCCGUGUUGACAAAGCUUGGCGCCAACGCUGCUCCCAACGAUUUCGCAACAUCUUGGAUAUGGUGGCAAAGAAGGCCGACCAUAGCGUCCUUCGUCUUCUACAGAUCUCGCAACAGCACAUCGAGUCACAGCUUGAGCGUGUGAAGCAUGAGCGCGAGCUGCUCUGCUGCAGCCAAGAGGG